CUGUUGAGCCGAACAGAAGCAACAGCAAGAGCAAAAUCUGCCAAGCACAGAGAAACGACGCACAAAACCCACAUUAACCAACAAACAAACAAACAAAAAAAGAGACAUUGUGGUGAACACAGAGUGAAGUGACAAGAAACAAGAGAACACAACAAUUACAACAACAAACACGCACAGUGCACAUUUUUCGACAAAAAACAAUAUCAAGUGAUAAACGAACAUAAGCACAAUGGCCACAUUAUCGUCACAUCCCAACUACGGUUUCCAUUUGGGCACCGGCCAGGGAUUGGAGCUACCCUCCCCUGGUGAUUAUGCGUCGCAGGGUUUGGGCAAUGCUCAGCUAAGUCCCAGCAUGGACAUGGAUAUUAAGCGUGUAUUGCAUUACUCACAGAGCAGCGGACUGGCCGCCAGUCUGGCAGCAAUGGGCGGCUCACCCGGCGGCGGCGUCGGUCCAGGCGGUGUGGGUAGUCAGGCGCCCAACAAUAUGAGCCACCAUAUGGCGCACCACAUGCACAACGCGGUGGCCGCACAACAGACCCUCUCGCCCAACAGUUCCAUUGGCUCCGCCGGCAGCUUGGGUAGCCAGAGCAGCCUGGGCAGCAGCGGCAUGGGUGGCGGCAUUGGAAUGAGCGCGCAUGGCGCGGGACCAAACACUGGCGCUGGCACUGGGUCGAUGCACAGCUUGACCACAUCGCCGGGACAGGAGGGACACAUCAAGCGGCCAAUGAAUGCGUUUAUGGUGUGGUCACGUCUGCAACGCCGUCAAAUUGCCAAGGAUAAUCCCAAGAUGCACAAUUCGGAGAUAUCGAAGCGUUUGGGCGCCGAAUGGAAGCUGCUCGCGGAGUCCGAGAAGCGUCCGUUCAUCGAUGAGGCGAAGCGUCUGCGUGCACUGCACAUGAAGGAGCAUCCGGAUUAUAAAUAUCGUCCACGUCGCAAGCCUAAGAAUCCGCUCGCUGCUGGUCCACAGGGCGCACUCCAGAUGCAGAACAAUAUGAACAUGAAUAUGAACAUGAACAUGAACAUGAGCAUGGCACAACAGAAACUGGGUGCAGCUGGCGGUGGUCCGGCGGGCGGUGGCUAUAAUCCAUUCCAUCAGCUGCCGCCGUACUUUGCACCCUCGCAUCAUCUGGACCAACCGUAUCCGGUGCCAUAUUUCACCGGCUUCGAUCCGCUGGCGUUGUCCAAGCUGCACCAGAGCGCGGCGGCCAACAAUCAGACGCACAAACACCUUGAGGCACAGCAGGCGUCACAGUUGCCGCCAACGUCCCUGAGCAGCUUCUACUCCGGCAUCUAUUCGGGCAUCUCGGCGCCAUCGCUGUAUGCUGCCCACUCAGCGAACGCCGCAGCCGCCGGACUAUACACCUCAUCCUCGACAUCGUCGCCGGGCUCCUCUCCCGGCACCAUAACGCCCAAUGGCAUGGACGGCUCCAUGGACAGUGCGUUGAGGCGGCCGGUGCCGGUGCUCUAUUAGGCAUCGAGUGCGGGCUAAACUGUCCCAGAGUAAAGUACAAUUUGCAUUGUUGACGCGUUCCCAAAGUGAUCCACUGGUUUUAAAUCUUUAAAAGCUCUAAGUAAGCCAAUUACAGUCUAGUAGUUUUCAAUCUCUGUAUUUCUCGCUCCCCAUCAAGCAACGCUCGCAAAAGUCUAGUACAAUCUUUGCACAAGAAAGAAACCGUAAGAAACAUUCCUAGCCAAUAUAUAUAUAUAUAUA